GCUCCUGGCUUGGAAUGAGCUGAUAGAGAUUAGCCAGGCUUGGAGCUGCCCCUGGGCCUGAGGGAGACUGGUGGGCUGCUGUAUCUCAUAGAUGGCAGGAUGUGGAGCUGGAAGGUGGCCUGGGACCUUUGUCCCAUAUCUCCUUUGAACUUAACUCCUUUCUCACCAGUUUCUUUUUCCCUGAUGCUAGUCUGAACUUCAGCUAGGUCAAAGCCGGCCCUUCCUGGGCUCAGCACCAUCUGUGCCCAUGGCCCCUGUCUCUGGUACUGCUGCCCCUUCCCCACCCCUUUCUGACCCAGGUGACCUCACUGCUGGUGGGCUGGCAGCUUGUCCGAGCAGAGUCUGUGGGGAGGGUUUGCCUCUUCAUAGGUGUUCUUCAGACCGACCGAGCAGAGCAGGUAUUUGCUGGGUGUUAAAUUAUGUCUGAUUGGAGAUCAGGAACUUCCACCCAUCUCACUUGCUAGGCCAGUAUACACCGAGCCAAAAGAUUUGUUUUCCUGCUGUCUGUUGUCCAGGCCACCAGGGGCCAGUUUUAUUUCCAGUGUAAUCACAUUCGUUUUCCUCUUUCAUUAGAGGAUUCAGUUCAGAAUUCUCUCCCUCAGAUCUUAAAACCUACUGGGAAUUUUCCGUAAUUCUGCCUCCUUUUUGCCGUGAUUAUGUCUCUGCCCCUUUCCUUCUCCUUAAUUCAAUGAAACAAACAUUUAUUAAAUACCUGCUGUAUACUAACCACUGUCCUGGUUGCUGGAAAUAAAAAGACACAACACAAAAUGGUCCCUUCCCUUGAGGAGUUUACCUCCUCCUGGGGAAUUACAUACAUCACGUGUGGAGAUAAAUAAGCAAAAAUUAUUCAGGGAAGGAAUGUUAAUGUUAAUGAGGUUCCAGGAGGUGGAGGUGAGGGGGAAGGGCAUUCCAGACGUGGCAGACACUCUGGGCAAGAACCUGGUAGCCAGAAAUGGAGAGUGACAAACAGGACUUUGAGCAAGCCUGUUUGAUUAUAACAGAGAGUGCAUGAAGGGAAGGAAUAUGAGAAGACCAGAAAGGUAGGUGGUAACCAGAUUGGAGAAGGCUGGAAAUGCUAGAAAUGUUGGGAAGUUUGUAGAGGCAAAAGGAAGACAUAAAACAUUUUUGAGUACUAGGUAAUUGAUCUGUUUUAGGAAUAUUAAUUUGGCAGCUGUGGUGGGGGGAGGUGGGGUGAAGUAGAGGCUGGAAGGCCAGUGAGAUGAUUACAGAGAUCAGAAGAGGAUUGAAACGGACCAAGAGGCCAACAAAGAGAAGGGUGUCCAGGCAGGUGAGAGAGGUCUUGGCAUCUGGCUGUGUAUAGAUGGGGGUGGGGACAGGAAGGAAUCACAGGUGAGGCUGAGAGGGUGGACUUGGUGAUCUCGAAGGAUGGGGUCAUCUGCUUCUUAUUUCUGACGCUCAUUGAACCGCCUGCCUGGCUCUAGGCUCACGUGGUGACUGAAAUCAUUAGGGAGCUUCUCCCCUCCAUCCCUCAUUUAGGGUUACUCCUCUGCCCCCAACCUCCCCGCCCUGACUGCAGGGCCCUUCUAGGGAACUUCCCUCUUCUGGUAACUGACCUAGCCUCAGAAUAAUUGGGACUGAGUGUUAACUUGAAAAGUUUGGAAAUAGCAGCUCCACCUUCUCACAGGGUAGGUAGGGGCUGUGUGGACCACUUUAAACUAAGCUGUCUGUACAGCAGCUGCCAGCAUGGUCAGGGGAGAGUGGCGAACGUGCUCAGGUUCUUACUUAGUGACAAGGCACUUUCCCCCAAGGUUGUCGAAGUGAUUAGAAUCCUUGUUUACUCCUUACCUUUGGCAUCUCAGAAUUUCUCCUUCCCUGUUCCCCCUGAAUUCUCUUGUUUACUCCAGGACAGCUCCACAUCCUAGAUUUGCACAGCACUCCUGUGGCACCAAUGCCAGCCCCAGGAUUUGGAGGUGGUGUUCAGGAGAGCCUCGUCAUUCAGUUCAGCUCAGCAAACAUUAGCUCCUCUGGUGUGCAGAGGGCCGAUCUGGACAGUGGGAGAAUCAAAGACACAUCACGAGAUAAAGAAAAGGAAAAGGAGAAACUGGAGGAAGAUGAGGCAGCUGCGGCCAGCACCAUGGCUGUGUCUGCCUCCCUCAUGCCCCCAAUCUGGGACAAAACGAUCCCCUAUGAUGGUGAGUCCUUCCACCUCGAGUACAUGGACCUGGAUGAGUUCUUGCUGGAGAACGGGAUCCCCGCCAGCCCCACUCACCUGCUUCAGAACGCGCUGCUGCCUGUGACAGAGUUGGAGGGGAAGGAAUCGGCCGGCUCUUCCACGGCUUCCCCAUCAUCAUCUUCCACCAUGGUCUUUCAGCCUUCAGAGACCGCCUCCAGCACAGAAUCCUCUGUGGAAAAUGAAAGAGAGACCCCCAGCCCUAUUGACCCCAACUGUGUGGAGGUCGAUGUGAACUUUAACCCUGACCCUGCGGACCUGGUCCUCUCCAGUGUGCCAGGGGGUGAACUCUUCAACCCCCGAAAGCACAAGUUUGCCGAAGAGGACCUGAAACCCCAGCCAAUGAUCAAAAAGGCCAAGAAGGUCUUUGUCCCUGAUGAGCAGAAGGAUGAAAAAUACUGGACACGCCGGAAGAAGAACAAUGUGGCGGCCAAGCGUUCCCGGGAUGCCCGCAGGCUGAAGGAGAAUCAGAUCACCAUCCGAGCUGCUUUUCUGGAGAAGGAGAACACGGCCCUCAGGACGGAGGUCGCGGAGUUGCGCAAGGAAGUGGGCAAAUGCAAGAGCAUCGUCUCCAAGUAUGAGACGAAAUACGGACCCUUGUAAGCACCACCCCCUCUCCGUGUUAGACAUCUCUGCCGAGGGACUCCCAGAGCGAGUGUGUGGGGAGGCGUUGGGGCUCACCACAGCUAGCCGGAGGUCCGCUGCUCCCGGCCUGGCUCGUGCCCACGAGGGUCCCGCAGGGCGCAUCUGGAGGACUUGGUAACCCCUGACUCUGGGGGGCAGGAUUCCUCGCUGGUGGGGAAUGAAGGGACUCUGUUGAGAUGGGUGACUCCCCUUGGACAUCCCAGUUGGAUGGGAAAGGGGGCCCUCUGGAGUGUACAGCCGCCUUUCACUCUUUGACUUUCCUUCCGUGUUAGAUCUGGGCUAACAAGGGCUGCCUCUCUGUGGCAUCUCGAUGGUCCCUGGUUUUGCCUGCCCUCACAUCCCAUCAGAUAGCAGGGUGUGUUGGCCAGGUAUGAUAUCAUUGUUGUCCAGCUCCACCCAGGAAAAGGG